AUCCCGUGACUCACCCCAGUAGAGUCUUCUUCACCUUUGGCCGCUCAAGUCUCUCUAUAUCUCUCUCUCUCUCUCUCUCUCUCUUUCUGCGCGUCUCCUCCUCUCCUUCUUUCCCCUGUUCUCAGUCCAAGACUGUGACCUCCCGCCAUGGCGACCCCCAAGCUCGGCCGCGUCCCCAGCAUGCGCGAGAGGGUCGAGGACACCCUCUCCGCCCACCGCAACGACCUCGUCUUCCUCCUCUCCAGGUACGUGGGCAAGGGGAAGGGAAUCCUCCAGCCGCAUCACCUCCUAGACGCCCUCGCCACCAUUGACGACCACGGCCGCAGCCAUCUCUCCGAGGGCCCCUUCUACGAGGUCCUCAAAUCUGCCCAGGAAGCCAUAGUUCUACCACCUUUUGUGGCCAUAGCCGUGCGGCCGAGGCCUGGCGUUUGGGAAUACGUGCGGGUUAACGUCUUCGAGCUUAGCGUCGAGCAGCUUACUGUGUCCGAGUACCUCCGUUUCAAGGAAGAGCUCGUCGAUGAGCGUUUCUAUAAUGAUCACUUUGUGCUGGAGCUCGACUUCGAGCCUUUUAAUGCCUCAUUCCCACGGCCCAACCGGUCGUCGUCCAUCGGGAAUGGAGUUCAGUUCCUCAACCGGCACCUCUCGUCUAUUAUGUUUCGGAACAAGGACUGCUUGGAACCCCUGCUUGAUUUCCUCCGGGCCCACAGUUUCAAGGGUCAUGUGAUGAUGCUGAAUGAUAGGAUACAUAGCGUGUCCAGGCUUCAGUCUGUGCUCGCAAAGGCUGAGGAGCAUUUGUCUAAGCUCCCACGUUCAACGCCAUUUUCUGAAUUUGCUCACGUGUUUCAAGAGAUGGGUUUGGAGAAAGGUUGGGGUGAUACAGCUGAACGAGUGCUGGAGAUGAUUCAUCUUCUGCUGGAUAUUCUUCAAGCUCCUGAUCCCUCCACUUUGGAGACAUUUCUUGGGAGGAUACCGAUGGUGUUCAAUGUUGUAAUUCUUUCUCCCCAUGGGUACUUUGGCCAGGCUAAUGUAUUAGGUUUGCCGGACACUGGAGGGCAGAUUGUCUAUAUAUUGGAUCAAGUUCGUGCGUUGGAGAAUGAGAUGAUUCUGAGAAUAAAAAAGCAGGGGCUGAAUGUUGAUCCCAAAAUUCUCAUUGUGACUAGGUUGAUACCUGAUGCAAAAGGAACAACAUGCAAUCAACGUCUUGAAAGAAUUUCUGGAACACAACAUACUUACAUCCUGCGGGUGCCUUUUAGAACUGAAAAGGGGAUUCUUCGGAAAUGGAUUUCAAGAUUUGAUGUAUGGCCUUACUUGGAAACCUUUGCCGAGGAUGCGGCUAGUGAAAUUGCUGCAGAGUUACGUGGCACCCCAGAUCUAAUUAUCGGGAACUACAGUGAUGGAAAUCUUGUUGCAUCUUUGUUAUCUUACAAAUUAGGAAUUACCCAGUGCAACAUUGCUCAUGCAUUAGAGAAAACAAAAUAUCCAGAUUCAGAUAUAUAUUGGAAAAAGUAUGAGGACAAAUACCACUUCUCGUGCCAGUUCACUGCUGAUCUGAUUGCCAUGAACAAUGCAGAUUUUAUAAUUACUAGCACCUAUCAGGAGAUUGCUGGAAGUAAGAAUACAGUUGGGCAGUAUGAGAGCCACACUGCUUUCACUCUUCCUGGUUUGUACCGUGUUGUCCAUGGCAUUGACGUUUUUGAUCCCAAGUUCAAUAUUGUCUCCCCGGGAGCAGAUAUGUCUAUUUACUUUCCAUACUGGGAAAAGGAAAGGAGGCUUACUUCUCUUCAUAGUUCAAUUGAAAAGCUGUUGUAUGAUCCAGAGCAAAAUGAUGAGCACAUUGGUUGGUUGGAUGACCGGUCUAAGCCCAUCAUCUUCUCCAUGGCAAGACUUGACCGGGUGAAAAACAUAACAGGACUGGUUGAGUGCUUUGCUAAAAACACUCAAUUAAGAGAAUUGGUAAAUCUUGUUGUAGUUGCUGGUUCCAACAAUGUGAAGAAAUCCAGUGACAGAGAAGAAAUUCAAGAGAUCGAGAAGAUGCACCAACUCAUAAAGACCUAUAGCUUAUUUGGCCAGUUCCGCUGGAUUUCUGCCCAAAUGAAUAGGGCACGCAAUGGUGAGCUUUAUCGCUACAUAGCUGAUACUGGAGGUGCAUUUGUGCAGCCUGCUUUUUAUGAAGCUUUUGGACUCACUGUUGUGGAGUCCAUGACUUGUGGUCUUCCCACAUUUGCCACUUGUCAUGGAGGGCCUGCAGAAAUCAUUGAGCAUGGGGUGUCAGGUUUCCAUAUAGACCCAUAUCAUCCUGACCAGGCUGGUGAACUCAUGGCUGAGUUCUUUGAGAAAUGCAAAAAAGACUCUGGUUAUUGGAAGAAGAUAUCUGAAGGGGGGCUCCGUCGAAUCCAUGAAAGGUAUACAUGGAAAAUCUAUUCUGAAAGGCUAAUGACAUUGGCUGGGGUUUAUGGUUUCUGGAAGUAUGUUUCGAAACUUGAAAGGCGCGAGACACGUCGUUAUCUGGAGAUGUUCUACAUAUUGAAGUUCAGGGACUUGGCCAAAUCUGUUCCCCUUGCAGUUGAUGAUGGACAUUAAUGUCAUUCCCUGGAUGUUAAAACUAAAACUUUUGUGGCUAUGUGGGUGCAAGUCUGAUUGUACAUAGACUGUCCUGGAGGCAGCAAAUCACCUUUGGAUUUUAUAAUGGGUCAACGUAUGAUAAUCCUGGCAUAUAAGCCAGCAGUUUGCUUAACCUUUCCUCCUUUAAACGAUGCUUCCAAUGACAUCUGGUAAGUAUAUCCUUGGGCAGAUGCCUUCUUCUCCAACCUCGAGUCAGCAGUUUACCUUUUGCCUCCCCUCCUGAUGCUUCCUUCCAAUAAGAUCUGUCAAGUGUAUAGCCUUGAGCAAUGCCUCCUCAGGCAAGAUGUGUUUGUAUAUUGGAAAGCUUACUCCACCAGGAACAAUGUUGCUUUCACGAUAUAGUGUUGAAUGCAUGGAUGUAUUACUGUAUAUAUGUGUUGGAAAAUAAGGUGAACUGAACAAGGAUUAAGCUGGACGGCCACUUUUCUGUAUAAAAUUGUCAGAUUUGUGUUUUAACUUGUGUAUCUGUCGUUACAA